UACACAAACGAAAAUAACCGGUGUUCUAACAUCCCCUCCCCUUCUCUAGCUUUCUGAAAAUCUCCAAAUUGUAAACAUCAGCAUCAGCAGUGACAGACAUUGAACUAGCAGCUGGUUUAAAGGCCAUCAAAUCUACACAGGUCAGUGGACUCGGCCAUCCCAUUCCACGUGAAAGGCCUUGUUAGCCGCAAUAACAUGGGCGUCACUAUCCUGCUAUCGUACCCUGUGCCAGAGAACAAGACCGGCCCGCAGACCGCGGAGCUUCUGAUCAAGCGGAUCGGCGCUCUUGGUGCGGUUCAGAGCGGCCAGUUUCUCGUCGACUGCGAGACGUUCAGCUCGGGACCGACGAUGGGCGGCCCGCCGCGCACAGUGCACGUGUUGCACAACUCUGAGCAGCCAGCCGCUGUGUUCGCGCUGCUCGAGAGUCCUGGACCGCCGCCGAAGACAGUGCCGCUGGUGGCCGACGGCCUCUUCGACCUGCUGAUGCUCAAAAUGAGCAGCAUCUACGCCAGCAAGAAGCAAACUCGCAUGGAGGCCAGGGGCACCCGCUUCGAGAUCGCAGACUUUCUCGUUAAAAUCGGAACAGUCACCAUGAGCUCCAAUUUUAAGGGAGUGCUGGUCGAGGUGGAGUACCGGCCAUGCUUUAUUGCGGGCAACUGUUGGGAACUGAUGCGCGAGUUCAUGCAGUCCUUCCUUGGUAGCGUGGUGCAAAACACGCCGCCACCAUACUUCCAGGUGCACAACAGGCUGAACGACGUGUAUCAGCCUUUGGACACAAUCCAGCAGUACCUUGACCACUUUGCCUCAUAUCGGAAAGUGGCCGGACUUUAAUCUUUAAUAAAUUGCUCCAGUGUUGAAGAUUGUGUACAUAUUAAGAAGAAACAGACUUAGCUCCUCUCAUUAAUUACUAAUUGCAAAUAAAAUGUAAUUUUCAACAAA